AUGACAGUAGGAUACUUGAUUAUGCUAAUAAGGGCAGACAUAACCAGAUAUGCUAAUGAGGCUCAGCCAGCGUCCCUGUCUGAUGGGAAAGGACUGUGUCCCCAUGUAGGAGCCGCAGCAGGAGCUCAGGGUCGUGAUUGGAAAUGUUGUUUGAUUGACAGGGGUGACUUGAGUUUGGGUCAUGAUGGGAAGACCCUCUGGCUGUGGCUGUUCCUCUGCUUUGCUUUUACAGACAUACGUGGUGAGUUUGUGACUCGGAACUCCCGCCCCAACAUUGUGCUGCUCAUGGCCGAUGACCUUGGCGUGGGGGACAUAGGCUGCUAUGGGAACACCUCUGUCAGCACCCCGAAUAUUGACCGUCUGGCGAGCGAGGGCGUGAUGCUCACGCAGCACCUGGCAGCUGCAUCUGUUUGUUCACCAAGCCGUGCAGCUUUCCUCACAGGGCGCUACCCUGUGCGCUCAGGCAUGGCGUCACCCAACAACAUGUACCGUGAUGUCAUGUGGCUGGGCGGGUCGGGUGGACUCCCGAGCAACGAGACGACUUUCGCCAAGAUGCUGCAACACAGGGGAUACCGCACAGGACUCAUAGGGAAGUGGCACCUGGGUAUGAGCUGUGCAUCCCGUGGUGAUCACUGUGCACACCCGCUCAACCACGGCUUUGACUUCUUCUAUGGGAUGCCACUGGGACUGCUGGGAGACUGCAGUGCUGGUGCCUGGCCGGAAGUGCACAGCAGGCUGCGUAUCCAGUUGUGGGUGACGUCAGCAGCGCUGGCCACCCUCCCCUUCCUGCUGUUGGUGCCCCGCCUGGCAGGCUGGUUUCCUGUCCCUUGGAUGCUCAUGGCCACUUCUGGAUUCCUGGCUGCACUCUUCUUCCUGUCCUGGUUCAGCAGCUACGGCUUCGUGCGCAGGUGGAAUUGUAUACUCAUGCGUGAUCAUGAUGUCAUCCAGCAGCCAGCUGAUGAGGCGCGGGCGGCAGGGUUGAUGCUGAGCGAGGCGCUGGCCUUCAUCGAUAGGCACAAGCGCAGCCCAUUCCUGCUGUUCCUGUCCUUCCUACAUGUACACACGCCGCUGCCUACACGUGGAAAUUUCGUGGGUCGCAGCAAGUUCGGGGCAUACGGGGACAAUGUGGAGGAGCUAGACUGGAUGGUGGGGAAAGUCCUUGCUGCUCUGGACCGGGAGCGCCUGACCAAUCAGACCUUGGUUUACUUCACAUCAGACAAUGGCGGCCGCCUGGAGGCAGAGGAGGGUGGGGUCCGAGCUGGUGGCUGGAAUGGGGUUUACAGGGGAGGCAGCGGCAUGGGUGGCUGGGAGGGCGGAGUGCGUGUGCCUGGCAUCUUCAGGUGGCCCACAGUGCUGGAGGCAGGACGAGUCAUCGAGGAGCCCACGAGCCUCAUGGACCUGCUCCCCACACUAAGUCACGUGGGCGGCGGGAUCCUCCCCCAGGACAGAGUGAUUGAUGGCCAGAACCUGAUGCCAUUGCUGGAGGGCCAUGUGCAGCACUCGGACCAUGAGUUCCUGUUCCACUAUUGUGGCAUUUUCCUGCACAGCAUACGGUGGCACCAGAGGGACUGCAACACUGUGUGGAAGGCCCAUUACGUCACCCCCAAUGUCUCCCCGGAGGGCUCGGACAGCUGCCACGGCGGUAGUGUGUGCGCAUGCUCUGGUGAUGUCACCCACCACGACCCACCCCUGCUCUUCGACAUCUCACGAGACCCGGCAGAGUCACGGCCGCUGAACCCCGACAACGAAGCGCUGUUCGAGACGGUGCUCGGCAAGAUGUCAGUGGCUAUGAGGAAGCACAGAGCCACCAUUACCCCCGCACCCCGCCAGCUCUCUGUCUUCAACGCCCUCUGGAAGCCCUGGCUGCAGCCUUGCUGUGGUGCUGCUUUCCCACUCUGUGGCUGCACGGGGGAGGAUGCGUGAGCACGAUUCUCACCAAGGGCCAGGUGUUUCCCAUGAAGUGCUUCGUGAUGGCAAUGGGCUUGCCACACAGAGCUCACUGAGGGUGGUGUACGUCCCACGUGGUGCUCCCUGAUGGAGGAGUGCUUCCCCAUGCAAUGCUCCAUGAUGGCAGGAUGAUCCCCAUGAGGUGCUCAAUGAUGGCAGGGUGCUCGCAGCAUGGUGCUCUACCAUUACGGAUGCUUCUCACAUUGCUCACUGACCUUGAGGUACUCCCAACGUGUGCUUAUGAUGGCGGGCUGAUCACCACAUGGUGCUCCCUGAGAAUCUGUGCUCCCCAACAAUGUUCACUGACAACUGGAUGCUACCCACAGUGAUUGCCAAGAGAGAUUGUCCUCACACAGUGCUCAUGGAGAACACCAUGCUCCUCACGUGGUGCUCACUGAUGCAGGGGUGCUCACCAGGCAGUUUUCUCUAGCUGUUGAACUGAUGAUAGCUGGACUCCUUACACAAUUCUCCCUGAUAGCGGUAGUGCUCCUUACAGAGUGAUCACUGACUCUUGCGCUUACAACGUGGGUACUCUUCCCAUUGUGCUUAAUGACAGCAGGUUGUU